AUGGGCUGCAUGCCUUUGGCCAUCCGGGGCAAUGAAAGAGCUACCAUCUCUGAAAAGCACACGGAAGGAAAUGGACUCACCCGCUACCUGGAGCACGACCCUGGGCUCGGCGUGGGUGAGAGGAGAUUCCGAGUCUGGGCCCCGUCAGUCGUCAUCCAGGCCAAGGAGCUGGAAGGUGCCGAAGAGAGUCACCUGGUGACUCGGUGGAGUCGCCCUGACGUGGCCGCGGUUUUAGGCAGGAGCACCCGGAUCGGGGCGCGGAAUCGGGUGAAUGUGCCCGGUGUCUCGAGGCGCGGGGCUCAGAUGAGAUCGGCGGUGGUGAAGGAGGAGCCCGGCAGUGGGUCCGAGGCGGGCUUUAAUGGGGGCCUCCCGGGCGAGGUUCUGCGCCCACAAGGGAGUGAGGCCGGGGAAGGCGCGCCCAGGGUGGACACAGGCAGGUGGGGACUGAAGAGCUGGGCCUGCCCGACUCAGCCUCGCAGGCCUGGCCUCCUCAUGAGAGAGGCGUCCCCUGGGGCCUGCUGCCUCAGCCGGGUGUACGUGGCCGUGCGUGCCUGCCGCGUGCGACCGCGGGCUGGAAACUUUGCAGAGUUUGUUUUCCUGGGUCUCUUCCUCACAGAGAUGUCCCUGAAGAUGUAUGGCCUGGGGCCCAGAAGCUACUUCCGAUCUUCCUUUAACUGCUUCGACUUUGGGGUCAUUGUGGGGAGCAUCUUUGAAGUGGUUUGGGCUGCCAUCAAGCCAGGAACCUCCUUUGGGAUCAGCGUGCUGCGGGCCCUCCGCUUGCUGAGGAUCUUCAAAGUCACGAAGUAUGUCAUCCACGCGCUUCUGGCCUCGGGCCUGGCGUCUCAGGGCUCUCGUUUCGCCCAGGUGCAGCUGCCCGUUGUCCUGAGGCAGGCGGGUCUAGACCCUUGCAGUCNAGCUGAUCAGGUCAUUGUGGGGAGCAUCUUUGAAGUGGUUUGGGCUGCCAUCAAGCCAGGAACCUCCUUUGGGAUCAGCGUGCUGCGGGCCCUCCGCUUGCUGAGGAUCUUCAAAGUCACGAAGUACUGGAACUCCUUGAGGAACCUGGUGGUGUCUCUGCUCAACUCCAUGAAGUCCAUCAUCAGCCUCCUCUUCCUGCUCUUCCUGUUCAUUGUGGUCUUCGCUCUGCUGGGGAUGCAGCUGUUUGGGGGACAGUUCAACUUUAAAGACGAGACUCCGACAACCAACUUUGACACCUUCCCUGCUGCCAUCCUCACCGUCUUCCAGGUAGGGCUCCCAGCUGGCUCCACUCCCCGCUGCCCCUGCAGCCCCCGGACAGUGGACGGUUCACACAGAACCUCCCGUGACCCAGAAGAGAAGCACAGGAGCCUCCCGUUUCUGGAGGCCCCUGGGCCGCCACCCGUGGAAUGCAUGCGUGGCCCGGGCCGUGGCGUGCACCACGGAGGGAAGGCUACAGCUGCAGCGCUGCUGUCCCCGCAGAUCCUGACCGGAGAGGACUGGAAUGCAGUCAUGUAUCACGGCAUCGAAUCCCAAGGGGGCGUCAGCAAAGGCAUGUUUUCGUCCUUCUACUUCAUUGUCCUGACACUGUUUGGAAACUACACCCUGCUGAAUGUCUUCCUGGCCAUCGCCGUGGACAACCUCGCCAAUGCCCAGGAGCUGACCAAGGAUGAAGAGGAGAUGGAGGAAGCAGCCAAUCAGAAGCUCGCUCUGCAGAAGGCCAAGGAGGUGGCUGAAGUCAGCCCCAUGUCUGCUGCAAACAUCUCCAUUGCUGCAGUCGCAGCCAGUGCCUGUGUGCUGGGCGCGUCCCGGCCUCCUGCGCAGAUGCACACUGCAGCCCGCGCCUACACUGAUGCAGCUCACGGCACGGUGGAGAGUCGGGCCCCUUGUUUGGUCCUGGCUGGGAGUGGGCAGGUCCUCUGUGGGUCUGUUGCAGGGCAUCCUUGGGAGUGGAGGCAGCACGGCUUCAACGCCUUAGGGGAGACAGGCAGAGAGGUGGGCGGGCGGCGGGCGGCCACUCACUGCCAGUGUCCCCACAGCAGGCAGCAGAGCACGGCCAAGGCGCGCUCGGUGUGGGAGCAGCGGGCUGGCCAGCUGCGGCUGCAGACCCUGCGGGCCAGCUGCGAGGCGCUGUACGGCGAGAUGGAGCCCGAGGAGCUGCUGCUUUUCUCCACCGCGCGCCACCUGCGGCCCGACGUGAAGACGCACCUGGACCGGCCGCUGGUGGUGGAGCCGGCGCCGCCCGCGCACGAGGCCGCCGAGAAGGACGCCGCGGACGAGGCGGCGGAGGGUACCCAGGGGACCCAGGACGCCCAGGACAAGGAGCUCCGGAGCCACCAGCCCGAGUGA